AUGUCGAACCAGAUACAGGUGCAACAAGUCGAGGCAGACGCACUGCCACGUUUACCCAAUGAAUCACAGUCGAGUUUGAAACAACCCAACGACAAGGAUAUCCAGUCUACGAAAAAUCCCACCAAGAUGGAGAAAUUCAAGGCAAAAGCCAAAAUCGGAAAGGACUUCCUGGUUGUACAUAUCACCCGUCACUGGCACUUUUAUUCGCCGAACCGGAUGAAAGGAAAACCGACUUUCCUGCGAAAGUGGAACUGGAGUGUGGAUUUACAGGCAGGAAGCCAAUACGGAUACAAGCUCUUAUCAAUUGUCCUACUAGCUGGCCUAGGCGCGAUUCUCUUGCAGACUAUGGCUGCCAGACUAGGGUGUGUAACAGGACGCGGUAAGCUUGCAAGUAGUCCGCAAAUAGGAAGUCGAACUGAUGGCCGUAGAUUUGGCUCAACACUGUCGGUUAUUAUUACACUCACGGCCAAAGCACAAGCUCUGGUUUCGGCGAGGAUUGUUGUACCCGAUACCUUGCCGAGGUACGUGAAUGUCCAUGUCGUGGUUGCGGCGUUGUUCAUUAUGAUUGAUUUGCUGUGUGCUAUGCUCCAGCUCCUUGGUAGUGCAAUAGGCCUUUCACUCCUUGUUCCCGCUAUCCCAUUCAAUGGCACCAACAUCAUCCGGGCGGCCAGUACGCGCCUUCGAGUGGUUACUGAUGAUCUCGUUCUCAUCGUGUUCGUCGUGUUUAUCAUUCUCAUCAGAAAGAUCGAUCCAUAUUGGCCGGAUGUAUUCAAUGGCUAUCUACCUUCAAAGACAAUCUUCCAACCCGGCGCUCUGUACACAUCGAUCGGUAUCCUAGGCGCCACAGUUAUGCCUCACGCACUAUUCUUGGGUUCGAGUCUUGCUACUUUAGAUCGUGUCUCGCACCCACCUGUGGUUGCUGCGACCCUUCCCUUAGAUGACAGAAGCGGAACUAUACGUUUUGGCAACAGGAGUCGGUGGCCGGCAGGCCAACCCUCACAAGGGUCACCUCAAUUCGCCGCACGAGCCUCUGACGUGAAUUUGAAUCACGAGGAGAACAAGGUCGAGCCACAAACGCAGGCUCAUGCAAGUCCCGGGCGCCAAAAUAACUCGUUCAACUUCAUCAAGGCUCACCUGAACCAUGCCAUCGUCGAUAUCGUUAUGAGCCUUUUGGGAUUCGCUGUGUCGAUCAAUUCAGCGAUCUUGAUCCUAGGGGCUGCCGCAUUUUACUAUGGCGGGGAUGGUCAAAUAUUGGAUGCUGGGUUAUUCGAUGCACACGAUCUCAUACGUGAUAAGAUCGGAAGACCCGCAGCGUUCCUAUUUGCUCUCGCGCUCCUCUGUUCUGGUCAGAGUGCGUCUAUUACUGCUACGCUCGCUGGACAGAUCGUAAGCGAAGGGUUCAUUGAAUGGCGAAUCUCGGUUGCCUUUGGCGCGACGGACUAUCACUCGGUUGAUUGGUCUAGUCCUUCGAUGGUCGUUGCCAUUGCUGUGGGACGUCAAGGAAUCGACGCGCUUUUAGUGGCCUCGCAAGUCGCUCUCAGCAUUGUUCUGCCAUUUGUCAUAUUCCCCCUGGUUUACCUCGCCAGCUCGGAUGCUGUUAUGAGCGUGCCCACACCCGAUGGUGGCACCAAAAGCUACAAAAACCAUGGAUAA